GGCUCUUGCCGCUCCGUUGCAGACGAACCGAGCGCAGCAUCGCCGGCGCAAGCGCUUCAGUCAGUCGCCGCACAAGCGCGCAUAACGUCGGCAGGCCUUCUGCUGUCCGCGAUCCUCUCGAACGAGCAUCUUCGGGUCGCCGGCCGCGGAGACGCAGCUGAUCCGUCUACGAGGGGCAGGCUCCGGAGCGGUGGACGAUACGAUUGCGGCUAGAUCACACAGCGCGGUUCGCGCGUCGGUUGGUUAAUCCACUCGGCCGAGUCGACUGUGUUUUUGUCUGGGUCCGCAAGUACCUUCUGCAAGUUAUCGUCUGGCAUCGUCGUCGGAAAGCAGCAAGACGUCGUCUGCUCGCCCCGGCGUGUCGUCUGCUCCGGCGAUUGUCCCCGCCGACCCGCUUCUCAGCGAGUCCUUGGCCCAGUGAACUUCGACUGGUUCUCUUCGUCUUUCAAAAUUUCCGAUUUGUGCCUUCUUCUCGUCUAACGUGCGGUGCGACGAUCUUCGGUGGUUCAGUGUGCUCUAGCGGGCUGGUGGUAGCUCCGAUUGGGAUUAGAACAGUGCCUUUUCUCUGUGAUUGGGAUUAGUUGAACGGUGCGGGAUUUCUGUGUGCCGGUUUGUUGCGCCCAUCGACGACGGACGGACGAACCCCGGCUUGACCAAGGAUUUCGUUUGUUUGCGCCAUCUUCGCACAACCUUGAGACGACGAUGACGGGUCGGUUCGUCUACGGGCGACCGCUACAUUGAAAGGCACGGUCGCUGGCGCGUUCUCCGCUGGUUGCUGCUGCGGGCGGCCGGCAACGGCGUGCCGGGCCCCAUGGCGCCCACCGUGGCGUCGCUGCAGUCCCGAACGGGAGCCCUGGCGCUGCACUACGCGGCCGCCAAGGGGUGCCUCGACUGCGUCGUCCUGCUCACCGAGUCGUGCCCGGAGCUCGGGGCCAACACCCCGAUGGAGAACCAGGUGACGCCCGUGUACCUGGCGGCGCAGGAAGGUCACGUGGCCGUACUACAGCAUCUGGUCACCGUGGCCGGAGGAAACCUGCAUCUGAGGGCACGUGACGGAAUGGCCCCGCUACACGCCGCCGCGCAGAUGGGAGCCCUGGACUGCGUUCGGUGGAUGGUGGAGGACCAGGGCGUGGACCCCAACCUGCGAGACAACGACGGUGCGACCGCGGCGCAUUUCGCGGCCAGCCGGGGUCACGUGGAGACGCUGCGUUGGCUGCUGGCGCACGGCGCGGCCAUCCUGCCGGACAAGUACGGCAAGUCGCCCUUCCACGACGCCGCCGAGAACGAGCAACUCGAGUGCCUGGCAGUCCUCAUCGGCCACGUGUCCAACCCGGAACAGCACGUGACCCAAACCAAGGCCAACACAGGCUCCGGGAAGCGGGGAUCACCCCAGAAAGGACAGGUGACGCAGACGUGCUCGUGUCCCGGUCCGGGCCGUUCCUCGGGUGGUGGACCCGGAGGGCGCUCGUCGCGAUCCUCGCGGCCGCCGCAGCAGAUCCUGCAGCACCUACCGCAGCAGCGCGUCUGCGGCGCCCGGGCUCCGUCGCCCACCGCCGCCAGCGUGUCGUCCUCGGCGAACACCGUGCCCGCCGCCGCAGCGGCCGGCGCGGCCUCCUCGUCGUCGUCGACGUCCCGGGCCGGCGGACAGCAGGACGGCGGCGGCAGCAGCUCGACGGCCCAGCAGCAGCAGCAGGCUAGCGGCCCGCCGCAGGAGCCCUUCUUCUUGCACGAGCCGCACAUGACCGUCAGCGACCGGGUGCGAAAGCUGUUCGAGAGCGCGGCGGGGAUCGCCACCGCGAACGCGGCGUCUCUGCAGCCCGGCAACCUGCACGUCGUCACCGCAGAGGUGCACGACAACUCCGGCGGCGCGGACAGCUUCGGCAGCAGCGCCAAGACCGAGGAGUCCAAGGGCGCCGGCGGCGGCAGCUCGUCCGACUCGAACGCCAGCACAGACGAGGGCAUCUGCCAGGACGACGCGACGCUUGAGGAAGACUGCAGCGAGAAGCGCGACUCGGACGCCGCGUCCCUGACGCCGCAGAGCGCGAGGCGCAAGGCGCCUUCCCCGGACGCCGCCUCGUGCGCCUCGUCGGUGGCCGGAGGCCCCGACGACCCCGAAGAGGACGACGACAUGGCCGGCCGCACCACCAUCUUCCACAGCUCGCAGAUGAAGUGCAAGUCGCCAUCGCCGCUGCCGCCACUGCAGCCGCAGCAGCACUCGCCGCCGCCUCAGCAGCCGGCGCAUCAGCCGGUCUCAGCAGCACAGCCACCGGCUCAGCAACAGCAGCAGCAACAGCAGCACCAACACCAGCAGCAACAGCAGCAACAGCAGCAACAGCAGCAACAGCAGCACCAACAGCAGCACCAACAGCAGCAAGUGCAGAACAACAGCAGGACCACUCCCUCCCCUGCCAUGCUGAAGCCCGUCUCCAAGACGUCUUCUCCUCGGUCGCCGAUUUGUUCCAAUGGCAACGGCAGCAGCGACACGCCGAAGUUUCCGUCGCAGGCGCUUCUUCGGCCCACACCCGGGUCCGCGUUGCUUCGCGACAUGCCAUACGCGUCUCCCCCGCUGCGCAACAAGUGCUCCUCGCUGGCCGACCUCCUCGACGCUGACCAGCAGCACCACCAACAGCAGCAGCAGUCGCAGCCCCAGACGUCGUCGGGCCACGCCACGUCGUCGCCCAGCCAGCCCCGCGGCCAAGUCAAGAAGCCCUUCGAGAACGGCAUGAAGAAGGCUUCGUCCACGAUGUCGCUGGUCACGCCCCCGCUUCAGCUCCCUCCCGCACCGACGCCUGCAGCCUCCGUCAGCGCCAGUGACGCGUCCCUCGCCGAACUAAGCAGUAGCAGCAGCAGCGAUUCGGAUUACGAGACCAUCUGCACGGUGUCCACCUACAAGGACGACAAGCUGGUCAAGUCACUCAGGCCGGUGACGCAGGCCGCAGACACUUCUACCUCCUCCACGACCUCCACGUCAUCACCCGCAACGCCUUCACCGCCUCCGCCGCCACCGCCCUUGUGUACAGCCGUGUCAUCGCCCCCGCCUCCACCGCCGCUGCCCAAGAGCUUCGACAUCCGGUCCACGGAGAGCACGCUACGACGACCCGGGUCGCUGGGCACCAGCAACGGCGGGGACUGCUGCCGCUCGGAGACCUCGUCGAACGCGGACGCGGACGAGACGGCGUCCUCCGUGAGCACCGCUCUCAGCGAAGAGAGGACGCUACCGAGGUUGUUCGAGAGACCCGUGCCCUUCAUCCCGCCCAUGUUCAUGCAGCCGCCGGACUCGGACACGAACCUCAAGCCUUCCGAGUACCUCAAGACGGUGUCCAACAAGCCCAAGCCGCACCUGACAAACAAGGACUCGAAGCUCGAAAACGGCGUCGCGACGAAGAGGCCCCUGGGAAGGGUCAUCGACACUCCUCCGGCGGCUUCCGCCCAGAACGGCGCCAACGCACAUUCCAUGACGCUGCCACUGACCGCAAGCAUCGCCAGUGUCGCCAAAGCGCUCAACGGACUCAACGGUCUGGGCAGCCCGCACAAUGGUACCAACGGUCACGGUCUCGGGUACAACGGGCUCAGCGGCCUCAACGGAACGAAAGCAGGCAACGGAAGCCUGUGCGGCGGCAGUGUCAGCAGCGGCAGCGUGAACGGAGACGACUCGCCCACGCCCUCACUCUGCGAAGAGAAGAUCCACAGCAACGGUUCGGCUGUGAACGGCGACGUCAGCAGCAGCUGCAGCACCAACAGCCUGCCGCGGUCCAUUCCGUCGACGCCAUGUUCCCCUCAGCCGAACGGCGGUGCCUUCUCUAUCACCAAGGAGCAGCUGCAGAACGUUCAGCUCAAGAGGACGGACAAGCCAAGCACGUUGGAGCGGUGCGUCCUGCUCCAGAAGAGCCCCUGCAGCACGCUGGCCGAGCAGAAGAGCACCAUCAUCGAGGAGCUGAAGCAGUCCAUCGGCACCCAGGGAGUGCACGGAGUGCGGAAGCUCAAGGAAGAGCGACAGAGGCUCGAGGAGGAAAAGGAGAAGAAGAAAGCCGAGGAGCUCCUGCAGCAGAUAAAGGCGACCAACUUCGUGGACACGAUACCCGAGAAGGACAACAACGGCUGCGUCAUCCCCGCCUGGAAGCGCCAGAUGCUGGCCAAGAAGGCGGCAGACAAGGCGCGGAAGGAGGCAGAGGAGGCGCUGCAGAGAGAAGCUGAAGCGAAGAAAUGGACAUCAGUGCCUGCUUGGAAACGUCAGCUUCUCAUGAAGAAUGGCGACGCUACAUUACCAAGCAGCAGGUCCCUCGGGCCUAAACCCUUGACGGCAACGCUCAGCUGUCCCGCGACGCCGGUGUCCAGUGCCCCUUCUUCGACCACGUCCACGCCGGCGUCGACGCCGUCCAAACCGGAGAACGGAACCGACGGCGGCAGCAGCAGUGAGCCGGUGACUCCGGCCACGACGCCCCACGCCCAGUCCCUGGUCAUUGCGGAGGAAGACAGGCCGCAGAACCCGUUCCUGCAGCACGGCCUGCGCAAGGUCAACGUGCGUCUCCACUGAGCUCCGCACUGGAAGACGAGAGUUCCAAGAGGCUGCUAGCUCGCAAGAGUCUUACCCCCCCAACUCUCCGGCGACGUAUGUGAGAGUACGUGUGUGUCAAAAAAAGAGAAAUAUUCGAUCGUCUUCAAGAGAGCCGACGAAGAUGACGACGCGGAUGAAGACGCGGUGUCUCGCGAGGAACGAUGCCCUUACGUGGAGAAAGACUCUCGAGUGUCCCGGUCGUUUUGUUACGUUGUUUGUUGUUUCGUUUCCUCCGCGGUCCUUCAUUUUUUUUUCUCUCUUCCCUUCCUCGCUGUGUGUGUGUGUGAAGACUGUUGUUUCCUCGCCGUCUCUUCUUCUUCUUCCGGUGCGCGCACAUACACACACGCACGCACGCAUGCGCGGACACACACGCAAACGCGUUAAGCGUUCUGCAGGGGCGCCGCCGAAUCCUGCGGCGCCGAGGCCUGAGAGAACGACUUAACCGUGCUGAUGACAAGUUCUGUUGCUCUUUUUUUUUUUCCUGAACUGGCCAUCUUUACGCGAUGUGAAAACAGAAAGGGGAGAAUGGGGACGUCACGGACGUAUCCUCGGGUGCGCAGAUGUGUGCUUAUUAGCCUAAGCAAGCAACCUGUGCUGACCUUCAGCGAACAAAAAAAAAAAAUUCUUUUACACGUACGUAAGAAUAUGAGCAGCUCCCAUCGAUCGCUCUCGAGCGGGAAUGCCAUGCGGGCUUUCACGAUGAACGUGAAUUUCGGAUUUGCAACCCGGCCGAAGAAGUGAUGCGGCCGCACCAGGACUGCUGUGACGACGGCGAAGAUAAGCGACGCAAAUUUAGAGAACUCGCAUGUGGAGGGAAUGUUAGAUCACAUGCAGCAUGCGCAUCACCUUUUUUUGUCCUCGAGGCCGCAUUGUCCGAUUUAGAAAAAGGUUCCCGAAACUUGUGCAUUUGUAGUGACGCCUAUAGUUGGACUGCCUAUGAAAUCACGUGUUGAGAGAGUGCCACGCGGGAGAAGGGGGCGCGUUGCAGAACGCCGUCAUUUUAUUUCUGCCUGUGCGACCGAUUGAGCACAGCAAUUAAGCCACGGCUUUCACGGCAACACACGCGGGCGCAGGGAGAAAGCUUCCUGGUUGCUCGUUGAAGAAAAGAUUUGACGAGGUCUUGUGGCUACGGUGGCACUACAGGUUUCGUGCCCCCUCCACGCGCAUCACGAUGGCUAGUCCCCACGCAUUCGGUGCAACGAUGCGACAUCGAUAGCACAAGCAACUUGCAUUUUUUAUUCAUUAGGCGUUGCGUCGGGGUAUCUUAUGCGCGAGCGAAUUUCGUGUGGACUUGUCGGGCCGAGAACUACUCCUUCGGACUCCGCGAUUAUUUUAAGCUCGCACUGUUGCCCGAAGGUGAAACCCCCCUUCCCAUUCCUUAUACUUCCUCCUCUGUCCUGCUAACUUUUCCCCGGCAGUUGUUUAUCUUACAGAGCCCCGAUUUUUUUUAUUUUUUUUAGAUUUUGUUUGUUUGUGAAUGCGAAGUCGCUCGAUUAGCGCGUCGAGCUCACUGCCGACUUUGGCGAGCGCUUAAAAAAAAAGGUCACUACUUGACGGAGACGGUGGGCUCUGCUCGGGGUGAAGACACUAUAGUAUUUCGACAGCAUCUGUCGGCCGCGCGACCUACGGAGGUGUGUAACAGAGGAGGAAAAAAUAAAGCUUUUAUGAGCCACCUGCAGGCUGAUGCUAAGGCA